CACACCCCCAUGUACUUCUUCCUCAGCAGUCUGUCCUUCAUUGACCUCUGUUAUUCCACAGUCAUUACCCCCAAAAUGCUGAAGCCCAUCCCCUGUGAAAAGAAACCUUGAGAGAAUUUCUUCCAAUAUAUUUUUAUGAAAAUUCUUAUAUAGAAACACUAUGUGAAAAAAGCAUCAUUCAGAAUUCCCGAAGAAAAAUGUUAGAAGAAAAUUUCUCCAUGGUGACCGAGUUCAUCCUCGUUGGAUUAUCAGAGAAACCUGAGCUGCAGCUGCCCCUCUUCCUCCUCUUCCUUGGAAUUUACAUGAUCACAGUGAUGGGGAACCUGGGCAUGAUCAUCCUGAUCCUGCUCAGCUCCCACCUGCACACCCCCAUGUACUUCUUCCUCAGCAGUCUGUCCUUCAUUGACCUCUGUUAUUCCACAGUCAUUACCCCCAAAAUGCUGGUGAGCUUUGUGUCAGAGAAGAACGUCAUCUCCUACCCUGAAUGCAUGACUCAACUGUAUGUCUUCACUGCUUUUGUUAUAUCUGAGGCUCACAUGUUGGCUGUAAUGGCAUAUGACCGCUAUGUGGCCAUCUGUAACCCCUUGCUUUACCACGUUACAAUGUCCUACCAAGUCUGUUCUUGGAUGAUAUUUGGAGUAUACAGUAUGGGAUUGAUUGGUGCCACAACUCAUACUCUCUGCAUGCUAAGAGUGCAGUUCUGUAAGGCUAAUACAAUAAACCAUUACUUCUGUGAUUUUUUUCCAUUGAUGGAGCUCGCCUGUACUAGCACUUUCAUCAAUGAGGUAGUACUCCUAUGCCUCAGUUCUUUCAAUAUCUUUAUACCCACCAUGACAAUCCUCAGCUCUUACAUCUUCAUCAUUGCCAACAUUCUCCACAUUAAAUCCAAGGAGGGAAGGUCCAAAGCUUUCAAGACCUUCAGCUUCCACAUAUCUGCUGUUGCUGUUUUCUUUGGUUCAACUACAUUCAUGUACCUUCAGCCAUCUUCAGUCAGCUCCAUGGACCAAGGGAAAGUGUCAUCUGUUUUUUAUACCACUGUUGUGCCCAUGUUGAACCCCCUGAUCUACAGCCUUAGAAAUAAGGAUGUUAAGGUUGCUCUAAAUAAGAUCAUUGAAAAAAGAAGUUUCUUAUGA